AUGUUUGCCAUGCUCAGCAUGGACCCGGACGGUACUAAAUUCGUGCAGUACGGUACCAUGUUGGAGGUGAAAGAUGCCGUUAUCCUUCAAAACGGCAGAAUUAUUUUGUCCACUCAAGGCGUAAGCAGAUUCAAAGUGAUAAGCAGCGACGAAAAAGACGGGUACGACACGGCCAAAGUCGAACUCGUCCACGACGUUGUACCGGAUCCGGAACACAUCGGAAACCUAAUCGAGCUGCACCGAAAAGUCCACUCCAGAGCAGUGCACUGGAUCAGCAUUUUGACUCCGGCCGCUUUAUCAGAAGUUGAAAGGCUAAUAGGCCCGAUGCCUGAUGUGGAAGAUGAUUGGAUUCAUCUUCCUGAUGGACCCAACACAUUUCUGGAAAAACGACUCAGAGCGAUCGACAAGAUGCUGGACCACAUGAGGAUAAGGAUGGAAGGUGUGCCAAAAGAUGAUGAAACUGUUUCUUAUGAUAUCAACAAUGAAGUAUUUUGCAGCGAUUAG